AUGAUAAAUAUAAUUCAACAACGACUUACAUCAUUUUAUUUAUUUAUUUUAAUCAUCUUUUUAUUAAUAGUUCAACCUAGUUUUAGUAAUAAAAUAGUUGAUUUAAUUCAAACAAUAAGAAAUAAACCUACUAAUGAUAAUCGUUUAAAAAAUAAUUUAGUAUUAGAAUUUCGUGAUGUUCUACAAGCAAUUCAAGAUCAUUUAUAUAAUACAAGUAUUUCAACUUGUCUUCCUGAUUUUCAAUUUUAUAAUGGUUCAUGUUAUUUAUUAUCUACAAAUAAAUCAACAUGGUUAUCAGCAUCAAAUAAUUGUUUAAAAUUACGUAAUUCAUCUUUAAUUACAUUUGAAAAUUAUGAUGAACUUAAUUUUAUUGUGGAAAAAUUAUUAAAACCAUUACGUAUUAAUCAAGCAUUUAUUGGUUUAAAUGCAAGUGAUAUUGGUCAAUGGUAUUGGCUUAAUGGACGAACAUUUGCAGAUACAGAAUUUAAAGAUUAUUUUUAUUCUUAUCGACCAGAUACAUCAUAUUGUGGAUUAAUUAAACUUGUUAAUAAUAGAACUAAAGUUGCUAUUGAAGGAAGAGAUUGUUUUAAUGAUGAAGAACGAUUUAUUUGUAAAUAUGUUCAAAAUCAUUGUUCUGCAAAAGAACAAGUAUGUGGUAAGGGUGGUGAAUGUAUGAAUGUUGGUUCAACAUAUCAAUGUCGAUGUAAUUUUUUAUAUCAUGGUCAAAAAUGUGAGAAAUUUAGUUCAGAAGCUAUUCAAUCAAUAAUUGCUUUAAUUAUUAUUAUUCUCAUGGGUUUAAUUAUUUGUAUUUUGAAAUUUAAUAUUUGUUCACAAUGUAAAUCAAAAAAAAAAAAUCAUUCAAUUGAUGAUUUAUAUAAUGAACAACAAAUGAUUUUAGAACGACAUAAGAAUAAGAAAUCUAUGAUUAAUUAG